AUGGUGAAGCGUAGAGAACAAAACGGCUGUGAUCCCGUUGGGAGUAGAACCUUGUUGACGGAACUACAACAGCUCUACUUCAGCUUCGACGCCGACGAGAACAAGGACUACCGGAUGGUCACCAUCCCGGUGUUCUUCUCCAAGAGCUCCUGCGUCUACAACCCGCUCAUCUACGCCUUCAUAAACAAACAGGUGAGCAGAUUACCAUCCAAUCAGAAGCUCCGAUCGGAUAAAUCCACACGCUCCGCCAGUCGGACGGCAGCACAGACUCCGGUCAUCAUCGGGAAACACUUCCACCUGUACGAGAACAUCUCCAAAGUGGACCCCUUCGAGGGGCCCCAGUACUACCUGGCCCCCUCAUGGGCCUUCAACCUGCAGGCUGCCUUCAUGGGCUUCGUCUUUUGCGCCGGAACGCCACUGAAUUUGGUCGUCCUGCUCGCCGUCGCCAAGUACAAGAAGCUUCGAGUUCCCCUUAACUACAUCCUGGUCAACAUCUCCUUCGCCGGUUUCAUCUUUGUCACGUUCUCCGUCAGCCAGGUGUUCUUCGCCAGCCUCAAGGGUUACUACUUCUUCGGUCACACCUUGUGCGCUUUAGAGUCGGCGGUCGGGUCCAUCGCAGGUCUGGUGACGGCCUGGUCAUUGGCGGUCCUUUCCUUCGCGAGAUACCUGGUCAUCUGCAAACCCUUCGGAGCCUUUAAGUUUGACACGAAUCACGCGAUGGGCGCCGUCCUCUUCACCUGGGUCAUCGGGGUCUUCUGUGCAACACCGCCGUUCUGGGGCUGGAGCAGGUAAAGAACCGACAAGAACCCCGUCAUGUCGGGAACAAACCGAUUUAAGUCAACAAGUCGUAUUAACCCCACUGGUUUACGUCAACUUCUUCCAACUUCAAAAUUUGCUUUAAGGAAACGUAAUAUUGAAGAUUUUUAAAGGUUCUUUUGUUUCUUUAUCAAUGUUCCCAACGUCCGGUGAAAAUCUUACUAAUUUUCUUGGCAGAAACCCAACAGAACCAAACUUUCCUUGGAUCUGAGAAAGUUCUGUUAAUGGGUAGUUCCCAGAAUGUUCCUCUGAAAGGC